GGGAACAUUACUAGUAGUCAGUGGUGAAUAUCAAACUAACCAUAGCCAACGAGGAACUGGUUCUACAAGCCACACCCACCAGAUGAAUUAAUUAUGCGUCAAACAUGCAGAUAGGUGUAGAAAUUAUUGUAGGGAAAGUUUAAGGAAGCAGAGUUGGCUCCUUCCUCACCAAACUUAACAGUGCCCAAUUGAACCAUUUAAAGUUUUAACUAACGAGGAUUUUCCAUACAAAACAAAAAUGCACGCAAGGAUAUUUUGCAGAUCUUUAAGACAGCUGAAUGAAGCUAAAAACUAUUUCGAAGUUGGUAAAGCCUCAAUUUACAAUGCUCAAGAAUCGUUGACCUAUCCAAAAAAUGUGAGGAUUGUCGAUUAUCGGAGUGAUACAUUCUCCAAACCUAGCAAAGAAAUGAGACAGGUCAUGUUUGAAGCAAAAGUAGGAGAUGAUGUAUACGGAGAGGAUCCAACUGUUAAUGCACUGGAAGAAAAAGGUGCGAAAAUGUUAAAUAAAGAAACAUCACUAUUUGUGGCAAGUGGUACCAUGGCAAAUCUAUUGGCAAUAAUGACCCAUGCAGAUAAUCGUGGCUGUGAGAUAAUAGUCGGUGAAGAUAGUCAUAUAUUAUUAUGGGAACAAGCUGGUGCCGCUCAGAUUGCAGGUGUACAACUUCGGAGCGUUCCUAACUUUCCCAAUGGCACAUUCAGUGUUAAAGAAAUGCUUCAGAAGUUUAGAAGAAGUCAAAAUUUUCAACCACGGACAUCGCUUGUGUGCGUUGAAAACACGCACAAUUCUUGUGGAGGGCGAGUCACUCCUCUCAGUUGGCUUAGAGAGCUCAGUGAUGCGCUGAAAGAUACUGGAGUGCCUCUUCACAUGGACGGAGCUAGAUUUUUCAACAGUGUCGUAAGCUCCAAAGUCCCAGCACACGAGAUUGUGCGGGAUUGCGAUUCUAUCAAUGUAUGCUUGAGCAAAGGGCUAGGUGCGCCAAUCGGAAGUUUGCUUAUAGGCAAAGCCGAUUUCAUCCAUAAAGCUAGGCAGUUGAGAAAAGUCCUUGGAGGAGGUAUGAGACAAGUUGGUUUAGUGGCAGCCGCUGGAAUUUACGCUCUUGACCAUAUGGUCGAAAGAUUGGAAGAAGAUCAUAUUCAUGCAAGAACUGUGGCUAAAGGGAUUCACGAUAUGAAAAGCCAAGUAGUGCAGGUGGAUUUGGACAGUUUGGAAACGAAUAUUCUUUUGAUUCACGUUGAUACACAUGUUAUCACAUCCCAACAAUUCUGCAAACGACUUGCUUCAAUUACCAAAGACGAGUUAGACGAAGGCAUUGAAACAGCAGUCAAAAUCCUACCAUGGACAACGAACAUAGCUAGGCUUGUGGUCUGUUGCAACAAUAAUGCCGAAGAUGCUGAAGCGACAGUUAAGAAAAUGCAAUUUGUAAUCAGGGAACUUGAUGAACACGCAAAACUUAAUAUGACAUCCAGGGUUGAGGAUAGAAGAUAAGUUUUGACUUUAAAAUUGAUAUAAUUAUUUUCAAAUAUCCAUUUGCUAAAUUUAUUAUUAUUAUUUUUAAGCAUUGCAAUGUCUUGAUAUUUUAGGAAAUAAAUAAUUCUAUAUUUUUUAAUUAAAAAACUGUUCACUUACAAAACCAUUUUCAUUGAUAUUAAUGAUGGAAUUUAUCAUAUUGUUCAAUGUUUGUUAGAUCAGUAUUAUUUACAAGCAGUAAUUGAUUUUAUAUUUUAAGGCUUGUAAAGUAAAAUGUAGCAUAAAAUUUCUUUUUAUUUUAUUUUUUAGCCGAUUUUUUUAUGCAUAACAGUUUUGUUUAGAAUUGCUAUGUAAACAAAUUAAACAAUAAUUUGCCAUAACCACUUAUCAGUUAAUUGAAAAAAAUUGCCUUUGAUAGAGCACAUUGUGAUGCAAAUUUUAUUUUUUGUGUGUUUAUUUUAUAAUAAAAAGGUCUUCAUACACCAACCAUUAAUUUUAUUAUAUAAUAAAGAAACAUGUAACAUUGUAAACGCACAGCACUGACUACAGAAGUUCAAAAUUGUUUGCUUUGUCCUUUUGAUUAUUUUUUGGCUGAGUAGAAGUUUCUUGUCUUCGGCAUUUUCAUGUAGGCGAGACUUUUGUUUGGGAACAAAUUUUUAGAUUUCUGAUGUGACCAUGUCGCAUUGAUUAUGUACUUUGAAAAUAAAAAUGAAAAUAAAAAUA